CUUGAACACGUCAAACGCUGACCUGUAGACUUGUAUCGCACCCUCGAAGUCUCGACUUGCGACCUGACAAGCGUGGCCCACGGCCAGCGUGGGCGCCAGACUAAAUGUGUCCAUCGUUAGCUUAGGCAUCAGGGAAUCACCAUCACCCGCGUGAGAAAGGUUUGCCACCAUGAGCGAGCUCCUUCGCAAGUGGCUCGCGGACGAGCUCGGACUGCCCGUUACGGACAAUCUGGAGCAGGACUUCGCGAGCGGCUUUUUAUUUGCACAGCUGUUUAGCAAAUACAACCUUCAGCCUGAUGUGGACCAUUUCGAUACGAAGCGGAUGCCGGACGCAAUGAUAAACAACUAUACGCGGCUGCAGCCCACCUUCACAAAUCUGGGGGUGCACAUGGACACGCGCGUAGCGAACAUGCUGAUUCGGGAGGAGUCGGGUGUGGCGCCGCGGCUCCUGUACUCCAUAAAGCAGAACCUUGGCAGUAUCCAAAAGACCCUGACGAAACACAUGCAUACCGGCAACCUGGGCCGCACGCUGGGCGCAUCGGUCAGCCCCUCCCGCGGCCUGCUGGAGGCGCAGAAGCACAACACCAGCAAAGAGAAGUUCGAGUCGGGGACGCACAGGCACUUUGAGGACACGCUGCGCAGCCAGGCCGCCAACCCCAACGCAAUCAUGGAGAGCAUGGCGCUGGCCAAGUUCACGGAGGAGGGCAUCCGGCAGCAGCGGGAGGCGCUAGGGGGGCUGCUGCGCGACCGGGCGCAGCACACGGCGCAGCGGGACACCUUUCGCGCAAACCAGAUGGACAAGCUGGGUAGCGCGCGCAGCGACAAGGCGCAGCGGCUGGAGCGGGAUGAGGCGGUGCACGCGGCCCUGCUCAAGCGCAAGGAGGAGAUGGAGCGCGAGGAGCUGCGUGUUGAGCUGGCGCUGAGCGAGAAGGCGCGGCGCAGGAAGCUGGAGGAGCUGCACCACGCGGCGCUGGACGUGCACGGCGGCAUUGACGCAUUUGAGAUCAACAUGAAGCGCCUGGUGCGCGGCGAUCAGGGCCAGGAGGGCGAGGAGGUCGUGGCGCCGCCGGCGGGCCGCACGCCGCUGGAGCACAUGGAGCAGCUCAAGAGCCGCGCCGCCGCCACCGCCAAGCUGCUGGAGGACACGGCCGCCUACAUGCGGGGUGUCAAGGACGCACGCGCAGACGAGGUGGCGUCCAAGCGCGAGCGCGAGGCCCGGCGGCGCAAGAUGGUUGUGGAGCAGCAGGCCGCCGCCUCGUCCGCCGAGCGCAAGGCACAGAUGGAGUCCUUGCUAACAGCGCUGCAGCGGCAGAGCGCAGAGGAGCAGCGUCUAGCUGCACGCCUGUGGCAGGUGAGCCAGGAGAAGGAGGUGAUGCGCGAGAACAGGCUGCUGCGCGAGCGCCAGUACGCCGAGCGCCGCGAGCGCGACUGGGAGGAGACGCUGCGGCGCGAAGUGGAGCUGCACCGCUCCAUGCGCGAAACAUACGAGGCGGAGGCCGCGCUGGAGAUGGAAGCAUGGCGCGCCGCGCAGCAGGCCCGUGCCGAAGCCAAGUCCGCCAAGCACGCCGCUUUCGCACGUGACGUGGCAUACCAGCUGGUGUCGCUGGCGGAACGCAGCGCCGAGUACCGUGCCGCCACGGGCAACCUGGUGCCGCGCCGCGAGUGGCGCGAGUGGCUGACCAUGUUCGUGGCCGGAGACCCGCAGCUGGGCCCGCCCGCGCCGCCCGUGGGUGCGGAGGCGGAGGCAGCAGAGGCCGAGGUGCGGGAGGCCUGCCUGCGGGUGGGCCGCGCGCUGGUGGACGACUACCUGGCCUGCGCCGGCGACUGGCUGCGUGUGGACGGCCCCAUCGGGCACGACGAGCUGCUGGGGCAGAUCGUGGGCGAGCUGGCCGUGCUGGCGCGCCAGCCGCCGCCGCAGCCCGAGCUGCCCGCCAUCGAGACGCUGCCGCUGCGGCUGGCGGUGCUGGGCGCACCCUUCGCGGGCAAGACCUGCGUGGCGCAGGAGCUCAGCCGCCGCUACAAGCUGCGCGUGCUGGAGCCGGAGGCACUGGUGGCGGAGGCCAUGGCGGCGGCGCAGGAGUUCGAGGCGGCCACGGGCGUGCCGGCCGACCAGGUGCCGGAGGCUGCGCCGCAGGAGGACGGCGACGCCGCGGCAGCGGCGGAGCUGCAGGCUGGCUCUGCCAGCCGACCAGGCACGGCGGCCACCGCGGCUGCGGGUCCGUCGGCCAAGGCGCGGCUGGGCGCCCAGAUCGCGGCGGCGCUGAAGGCGGGCGGUGACGUGCCGGAUGAGGCGCUGGUGGGCCUGGUGGUGCUGGGCAUGAAGGAAAGCAAGGACUGGGCACCGCCUGUCGAGGUGGACCCCAAGGCCAAGGGCAAGGCUGCGCCCAAGCCCGCCGCACCGCCGGCCGGCAGCAAGUCCGCAGGGGCGCCGGCUGCGCCGCACCCGGACACGGGGCGCGGCUUCGUGGUGGACGGCUUCCCGCGCACUGCGGCGCAGGCGGUGCUGCUGGAGCGCAUGCUAACAGGCCUGGAUCUGGACAGUGAGCAGGCGCUGAUCGAUGCCGCCAGCGUUAUUGCGCCGCCGCCGGCGUCGGCACUGCCCCAGGUGGCGCGGCCGCUGGUGUCGGGCCUGGACGCGGUGGUGGUGUGCGGCCUGGCGGACCCAGAGCUGGCGCUCAAGCGUGCUCUGGGCCGGCGGCUGGACCCGCAGACCGGCCGCGUGUACCACCUGGAGUUCGACCCGCCGCCCAGCAACGACCCCGGCCUCAGCGCCCGGCUGCAGGAGGUGGCGGACGCCAGCAACGACGCCCAGCAGAUCCAGCACCGCCUCAUGUCGCAGGCGGAGCUGGCGGGCCCGCUGGACGACUGGCUGCGCCGCUUCAGCCGACUGCGGCGGCCGGUGGAUGGCUCGGGGCCGCUGGGCGAGGUGCUGGCCAGCGCGGGCGACAUCGCGGAGGGGCUGCUGCGUGCCAAGGCGGCCGCCGCCAGCUGCCGCUCCGCGGCAGAGGCGGCGCACAAGGCGCGCGCCAGCGCGGAGCAGGCGCACGAGUUUGCUGAGCUGGCGCAGGCGGCUGCGGAGAGCGCGGCACGCGAGCUACUGACGGCCAAGAAGGCGGAGAUCCAGGCGGCGGCGCUGCUUGCAGGCGGCAAAAACCCCGACCCCGCCGCCACCGAGGUGCUCAAGGCGCAGGCGGCUGCCAAGUGCGCGGAGCAGCUCAAGGUAGCGCGGGGCGCUGUGGCCGACGCCAAUGGACACGCUGAGCGCGCCGCCAACAGCGCCGCGGCGGCGUCUGAGGCUGUGGACCGCGCACACAAGUCACUGGGCGAUGCUGAGAUCUCUGCACAUGCUGAAACAGAAGCGGCGGCAGCGGCCACAGAGGCGGAGAAGGCGGCGCGCGGCGCGCAGGAGGCGGCCAGUAAAGCUCUGGCGGCCAAGGAGGCAGCGGCUGUGGCCGCGGCUGAGGCGGAGCGCUUCGCCGCCGCCAGUGACCUGCCUGCCGAUGCCACGGUAAACCUAGGGCACAGGCCCGACGCCCAUGCCACCGGCGCGCACGCAGUCAGCACCUCGGGUGGGGCCCCUGCUUCCGGCAAUGGAACCGCGUCGGGCGAGGCGGCGGCACCUGCUCCGGAGCCGCUGGUGCGUGAGCUGGCCGCAAGCCUGCAUGAGGAGUGGAAGACGCUGGAGACGGGCUACCUUGAGGGCCUGGCCCUGGGCUUCGCCAGCUUGGCGGAGCAGCACGCCGAGGCGCAGCGACACUUUGCCGGCCUGCGCGGCCGCUUCCAGGACCUGCUGCAGCGGCCGGACGAGAAGCCGGCGCUGGUGGCCAGGUUCCUGACCACCUUCAACGCCGUGGAGGCCGACCUGCGCGGCAACAAGGAGGCGCGCGGCGAGCUGCUGCUGCGCGCGGAGGAGCUGCGCGACGCGCUGUGGGCGCUGUGCGACAAGAAGAUGGAGGAGGCGGAGGCGCAGCGCGCCGCCGUGGCCUCCGACACCUUUGUGCCCGACCACUGCGCCACGCUGGCGCAGCAGUUCGUGGCUCUGGCGCAGGUGGAGGGCGACCGCUUCGCCGCCGCGCUCAACUUCCUGCGCUCGCACGCGCACUCCAAGUGGCUGCCGCUCUUCCCACCCGGCCGCGAGCCGCCGUCGCUGGCGCUGCCGGACGUCGCCGCGCCCGACCUGCUGUCCGGCGCCGUGCCGCCCGAGCUCAAGGACAAGAUUGACCCCAAGGCCAAGACCAGCGUACCCAUGCCGGCUUGGGUUGCGAGCCUGGAGCAGCGUGCGGCUCCGCUGGCGCUGGCGACCAAGCUGCUGCUUGCGCUGGCCAAGACCACGGCGACAUCAUGGGAGCCCGGCGCAGAGGACCCCAAGAAGGCCAAGAAGGACGCAGCGGCCAAGGCGGGGGCGGGCGCCAAGGGCAAGGGCAAGGGCGGAGAGGAGGAGGCGCCGGAGGCGGACCCGCGUGUGGUGGAGGGCCUGAACGGCGAGCUGCUGGACGGCUGCGGCCGCGAGCUGGCCAUCCUGGAGGCUCGGCUGCAGCUGCUGGCGGAGCGCUGCCUGGGCCAGAUGGAUGAGAUGGCAGCGCUCGCGUCCGGCACCGUGAGCCGCCUGGGCGAGUGGGUGCGCGAGCGAUACCGCUCCGAGUGUGCGGCGGUGGCGGCGCUGGACAAGGUGUGCAAGGCUGCGGCGGCGGCGGGGCAGCCGCUGCCGCACGACCUGCGGCUGCAGGACGAGUUCCUGCUGCUGGACGAGGGCAGUCUGCUGGUGCAGGAGGACGCAGCGCUGCCACGGCCGUACCCGCGCGAGGGCGUGCCGGCGGGCGGGCUGCUGUCCACCAAGCAGCUGGGCGCGCUGACGGCGGCGUUCCUGUCGGCGGCGCCCAGCGGUUACAUGCGGUUGCAGGAGGCGGCGGACAUGCUGUGCAGGCUGGCGGCGGAGGGCGCGCUGCCGGAGCCGUGGCGCGGCACCAGUGUGGCUAGCAUGCUGGGCGCGCUGCGGCUGUACGACCCGCUGCACAGCACGUACCUGGACUGGCGCGAGUUCGUGGCACACCUGGUGGUGGCGUCGUUCCCUCUGAUCGCACGUGCGGACUGCGCUGAGAUGGCCGACCAGAUAGACAUCUGCGCGGAGGUGGACAAGGACCACGACGGGCUCCUGAGCCAGGAGGAGUGGUCCACGGCGGAGCUGUGGUUCCAGUACCGCGCCGCGCAGCCCGGGGCGCUGCAGGCAGAAGUGCCGGAGGCGUCAGGCGAAGCGGGAGCGGAGGCAGGGACAGGCUCGGGGUCAGAGAGCGACGCAGGGCCACGCAGCACCCUGCUUGCGGACGGCGAAAAGUGGCCCGAGGCGGACACCGUCUCGCGGGCGGGCACACCGCCGCCUGAUGACGAGCAAUACGACAGUCCGGCGGCACUCAAGCAGGUGCUGUGGGCGCUGUUUUCGGCACCAGCGGCCGACGGCACGCCGCGCCUGGACUACCGCGCCUGCCUGCUGUACCUGUGCGCCGACCGCGACGCCUUCGCCGGCAUCAAGAAGGCCUUCAGCGUUGCCACCGCCAACAUCUCCAACAAUGCCCGCGCCAGCGCGGAUCAGGUGUUCCGGAUAGCAUACCCGCUGGGCGCGGAGCCGGGGCAGGAGCUGCACCGCUCGCCCUUCAGCAAGGUAGACGUGGCGGCCGUGGUCAAGGCGGUGUGGGAGAGCCGCGCAGGGCAGCCGGCUGUGGCCGCGGGCGCGGCGGGGACAGGGCCGGCCGGCGCACGUGGUGCGACACCGCCGCAGGCGGCUACAGCGGCCGCGCGUGGUGCGUCGGCCAAGAACACCGCCGGCGCUGCAGCUCCCGCGGCCUCUGGCGAGGCGUCCGUGACUGCUGAGCAGCUCAUGUACAGCGCGGGCGGGGAGCGGUUCGUGAAGCGCAUGUUGGAGCGAUAUGCAUGGAAGGAUGCGUUCGUUGCUACGCGGCUAUAACGCAGGUCUGCGCAGACUGUGGUGUGAUCGGGGCGUUUAGCAAAGGUUGAAUGAGUUACUUACGUCGGAGUGAGGCAUGACUUGCUAAGGCUUGUUAGGAGCGCAAAGGGUGUGCAUAUGGUUGUUUGGCAACGGGCAGCUCCGGGGCAUGACGGCAUCGCCCCGCAGUGGGGGUGGAGACUGACAUUUAUCUUCGGAAUAGGACAGUAAACCUUGCACAAUUGCACGGCUGUCACUGAGAAGACUGUGACACUUUGGCGCCUGUAAGCCUGAAACGUA